CCCGCUCGCCAGUCUGCCGAUCCAUAUUAUGGCCACGAAGCCACGGCCAAGUUGUGUUCGCGCUUCGUGACGCACCUCUUCGCCUGCCCCGAAUAUCCGACCGGCGUCCUUCCUUCCUCGUCACCUCCCCCGACGCUCGCUCAGUUCGUCGCCUACGCCCUCCACCGUACCCGCUUACACCAGUCGGUCACGUUCGCGGCCCUCUACCUCCUCCAACGGCUAAAGCAGCGCUUUCCCGCCGCCCGGGGGUCAUCCGGCCACCGCCUCUUCCUCUCCGCGUUUAUGAUCGCCUCCAAGGUGAUCUGCGACGACACUUACUCGAACAAGUCCUGGUGCAUCGUCGGCCAGGGCAUGUUCGCCCUCCGGGAGAUCAACCAGAUGGAGCGGGAGAUGUGCUCGUACCUCGAGUGGGAGCUCAACGUCGACCCGACGUCGCUUUCAGAGUUCGAGCGUCUCGUACGG